GGUGAACAUUUUGAUCAGUCGCAUGUGGCUCUACCAAAUGUUUCAAAGUUCUUCUUGCAUCAAGCUCUGGAAGAGAGAAAAGCUGCGGAAGCUUUGAUGAAGUAUCAGCAAGAAAGAGGAGGCCAUUACUGUUCUAAAACCAUCCAGAAACCAAACUGUGAGUAUGCAGUUGGUCUGAUGAAAGCCCUGGAAGUAGCAAUGGUACAGUGGAAAACUAUGAUACGAUAUUUUGAAGAGCUUUAUGCCCUGAGCAUUGAAAAUGCAGACCCUCAUAGCGCGAGUACUAUCAAGAAACAGUUUAUCGGGCCCAAAAUCCGGAAGAUCAAGCUGAUGGGAGAUCUACUGACCAAUGCUCGUAGGCUUGACUGUUCCCAAGAUGGCAGAAAUAGCCUUGGAGAUUACUUUAUGGACCGGUUGCAGAAAGAGUUCAGAACAGGCAUAGAGCCAGAGUCUAGUCAGCACUGCAGCCCCUGCCCGCCCCUCCAUCAGUGUACAGGAGCUGCAGAGGGUCUGAAGCGACCCCAGAGAGAAUCUUCCCAGCACAGAAAUGGCAUAGGGCCAAUAUAUGCAACCAUACACUGCACCACCAUGCUGCCACAGUCUAAUGAUGGGACAGGAGCAAAAGUGAAGCAGGGCAGGGAGGGCCUUUAAUGCUGUGGCUGUUGUAGCUGCAGGGCAGCUCCUAAGGCAGACCUGUAUGGAGGGUGAACUUGAGACCAGAACUCGGGAGACAUGAUGCUGCAUCACUCCUACUGCUUUAUUCCCUGUCCCCUUGUCCUCUGUUGAGUUGCAUCUCAAAAUCUAGCCCAUGCCAUUAUUUUUUUUAAACAACAGCAAGGUUGCUAGUUACCCAAAUUGCUAGCAUUAAUUGCACUUUUAUCUAUGCAAUUCUUCCUAGAAGCCAGAAGCUUUUAAACCUCUGUCUUAAAUGAUUAAUAGGAUUAAUUAGUUAGAACAGCACACAUAACUUUUAUUU